AAUUCUCAUACCUGCUAUCUUCACCCUCACUCAUGGUCCUGUCUUUCCCGCCUUCCAUGCGUGGCGCCCAGCCUGCCUCAUUUCUAUGCUGGUCUUAUCUCCCUCCCUACCUUUACUAUACGAGCUAAUUUAUGCUACAGUGGAUAGAUCCUCUCCGAGGACGAUGGUCGGUUCAUUUCAUCUAGCUGCGGGGCACGAAUUUGAUCACCGACUAAGCAGCUGUGUUAAGUAAGAGAGUCGAGGUUUCGAGCUCUUAGUCAAUAGCUUUCAAACGCUCUACAUCUAGAAUUCCUCUUCUCGGGAGAUCUUUCGACCUGCCGCGCAUCUCGUGGUCUCCUUUCGAUCCUCAAAUUCUUGAUCUGUUACUUUCCUCAUUGCCUCUCUCCCUACGGCAUUACUCAUGGUUGUGUAGGCCCGGAUGCCAGGGAUUCCCGCUACAGCACUAUUGCAGGAGCAAUAGAGCAGGUAUAAUCUCAUAGUCAUCUCCCUACGUAAGCCUCAGCCGGAUAUGGAUCUUCACCUAAGUGAUAUCCCAAUGGCGAAAAGGCCUCACUAUCUCGAGACCGGAUACCAGGGAUUCCGGCUGGCAGGUGGAGCAGCUGAACUCUUCUGCUGCCCUGAUUCUAGGAAAUGGCCAGUCAGAAAGAUGUCUCCUCGACAGCGCUACCCCUUUCCCCGCUCGGUCGGUCGUUCAAUUCUCGCCAUGCGCCGGCAACCCGCCAUCGUCGGGCUCGCUACAGUUGAAGAUUCUUACGACACCGCCUGUUUUAAGUCCGAACCCUCGAUCUACCGCUCUGUAUUCGAUUUCCUUGCUCAUUACACCAGCGAUCAUUGCUCUGGAUUGUGUUGGAUUGGCCGAGAUACGAGCAUAAACCCAGCGUAGCUCCUCACCGUCGCACUAACACCAUCCUCAUGGCCGUGGCCCUUGGUCAAUGCGAUAUUGGAGGCUUUUCCCUUGUAUGCGGCAUAAUCCUAGCCAAUCCAGUAAAUACCUCAAGAUAAAUCAGCUGGCUUCUGCCUAGUUCUGCCGGGAAUUACGUGGCAGCAGUGGUUGGGGUGGGGUGAGGGAGCGGAUGUGCUCAUAUUGGGACGGUUCCCAGUCACGGAGGAGCCGAGGUGGAACUUCUGUCCUCGUUUCAGCGUGGCUGUGUACGAGAUUGUACGGAUCGCAUAAGGCUUCGAACUGGGUGAGGGCAGCCGAUUGGAGGUCAUUUUGUAAUAAGGACUUAUGGCAGGAUCAUAUUUUACGAGAUCCACAGCGGCAGCAUAGAGCCUCCUCCCUGCUGAGACAUUCAUACACUCUGCUAUGUUCUUUAAAGCUGAGUAUCGAGAAUAGCAAAAGUUCUUCCUAUAUAAACCCAGGAAUUCCUCCCUUAGCAACUACUCUACCGAGCAUAAUCGUGCAUUUGGCCCUCACUAUGGACGACAUUAUCUUUUACCAACCCCCCUCGGCCUCGAAGAACCGCCCUCCUCGUUUGCUAGGUGUACGCACGACUCUAAAUGGGUUUGGAGCAUCUGGAGCAUCUGUUCCUAUUCGCCAAACAGCACCAGAUUUCAAUCAACAGAAUAAUCCUUCGAAAGAUAAUAUAACCGAAUCUCGAGACUUGAGUGAUUCAUCCCAGAAACGCCACCCAGUUCAGCGUUACAGAAAUAACAAAGUUCAAAUGCAAGGUAAGUGUUGAGAUUUUCCGUCGCGAAUAUUGUAUCUAACAUUUGUGGAGAAAAUUCAACAGUAGCACCAAAUCCCCUAGGCAGCAACGACGAUGACGACUUCCCAGAAAUAGAUGAGCUUCUGUCGGGCAUGAAGCAGCAGAACCACUUAGCAAGCGCGGACCCGAACAGCGACAACAAUAAUAACGAUGAUGACUUUCCUGAUAUAGAUGAGCUCCUGUCAGGUAUAAGGCAGAAAAGCGUGCUAGCAAGCGCGAAACCGAACCAUAGCAAAAUAGCUGAAAAGAUCAAUAACAGAGAUCGACGUGAUGGUCCUCUUAAUUCUAGCUGCUCAGAAGGAAGCACUCAAGGUAAGCACACUGAGGUUCUCACUUUAACCCGGACUUCUUACUCAUACGAUCCCAGAUCCGAUUAUACUUAGUGACGAUGAAUCUACAGGCGCCGAGUCUGAAACCGAUUACACCGAUCCUGAUGUCGAUCUCACAGCUAACAGCUGUCCCCAUUCUCCACACAUUGCGGAUAACGAGUUGAUGGACGGCUUCAGCUCAAGAGCAGCACUCACGCCUCAUUGUCUUGUCGCUGACCACCAAGACGACAAUGACAAAAAUAGUGGCGAAAUCGACAAUACCCAGCUUCAGCUCCCUGCUGACCGACCAAGGUCAGCCUCCCCUAGCCAAUGGUCCAUCACAUACCAAGCCAGCAAGCAGAUAGAUACCGACAACAUACAAGGAAGCACGAAUCUCGAUGUUACUAAGGAGCUAGAGAAUAGGGGCUCUGAUAUCUCUAUCGAGGGAAGCGCUGAGGACGGUGACGGCACUUGCUCUACAAAAGAACGAGAGUUAUCUGCCGUUUCCGUCAAGAAUCCAGUCUCUGAUAGCAACAUUCUCGAGCAAUCCCUGCAGCUAGACUUAGCAGCGGCCUCUCCCCAGGAGUCAGACUUGAAGAACGAUCAUCUACCAAAGCGUCGUCUCCGGGGUGUUACCGAAAACUUCCGCCGCAAAAGUCCUCGUACAAUUGCUCCCAUCAGAUUGGCCAGUACCGCUUCUGCCGCACUCAGACCCAGCGCCGAAUCCCAGUCACGCGCUCAAAUCACAACCCUAGACCGGGAAAUAGUUAACGAUGGAAGCACCAAUGAUUCUAAUGACGGAGAUUAUGACGAUAGGAAUGUCGCCACUGGCUCACGGAGAGGCUUCAGACUACGGAAACCGGUGAGGCGGACCAAGGACACAGGGGACUGUAAUGCGGCAGCCUACCCUACUCAUUCCCUUGACGUCCCAUGCCAAGCUGCAGAAGCAAUCUCGUCUGGAAGUAUGCAGGAGAGCGAAGAGAUUCCUAUCCAUGGAUCCUUUACACUAAAGAUAGUAGAGUCAAAAGUUCUAUACUGUCUCACAUUUUCUCAAGAAUCAUCACCACUUUUUCAAAGCCAAGGGCAGAGACAAGAUAGUCCCACCGACCUCGAAGAACCUCAGCCGGCUGCUUCAAUCACAGACCCUACUCAGGAAUGGGGAAUCCACAAAAUCACUGGUCAGAAAAUGGUGAGAGGUGAGAGGCACUUUCGGGUAGAAUGGAAUGAGACGUGGAUGCCUGAAUCUGAAUUGGCUGGAGCUGAGGAACUGGUGGAAGCGUUCAUGACGGAAGUUGGGACUGGGACCAGAGGUAGGAAGCCGCCUCAGAAACGAGGUCGGCUGGCUACUGGAUUGGCUGAUGAUCUGAAUAAAGGAGAGCCAAAGAAGCGGCGUAGACAACCUCGGAAGCAGAUGUGA